AUGCCCUCGUCCGCCCUUUUGGUCACCGGAGAUGCAAACCCGAACGUCUCCCCCGCCUCUGGCUUCGCCGGCGACGAGCCGCGGGUCAACUCCGGCGGGAUUGACUUGUUUGACCAGGGGUUUGACCUCCCCAUGGAGGCCGCCGACGCCGCCGCACGUCGCCGCCCGGAGCCCACGCCGCCUCUCCGGACCUCCCCACUGGCCUGCCUCCCGCUCCGCUGCGUCGUCCCCGUCGACCACCCCGACCCCCAGUGCCCCGUCCCUACUCCCCGCUAUGAGCACGCGCCCCUCUCCUCCUCCUGUCUCCCUCACGCACGCGCCGCCCGUGCCCGCUGCCGCUCGGCCACGCCCUUGGCCGGGCCCCCCCACGCCGACCGCACCCGUCUCCUCCGCGCGCCGUCCCGCUACUCCCUCGCGCGCGCGCACACGCUCACUCCCCUGCGCCCGCCGCGCUCACCACGACCCGGGGCCAUCCCUUCCGCCGGACCCCUCGCCUUCGUCGGCACGCCCGCGCCUCACGGCCCCUGCGGUCGCCCCGCGCCGCACCGGGCGCGCUCGCCGCUGCCACGCGCGCUGCUCCGUCGUCGCGCUCCGCGCCUCGCCUCUGCUGGCACUGCUGCUCCGCCCGCGCAUGGCCUCGCCGCUGCUCGCCCGUACACCGCCGGCUGCCGCAGCUUCCCGCCACGCUGCGCGCCCGCCGCCCUUGCGCGCGCCCCGCCUCGUUCCUGGCCGCUGCCGUGGUUCCCCUUCCCGCACGCCCACACGCCUGCCCGCGUCGCGGUCGACCCCGCUCGCCCCCAGCUGCUGCUACCCUGCUCCGCCUACGCCGCCGCUCCGCCCCUGGCCUCGCUGUCGAGCGCCUCCGCCUCCUCGCCGCGGUCGGCGCAAUCCCCUGGACGCGCCGUGGGCACGACCCCGCCGGCACCCUCCGUCGCCUCCGUGCGGGUGCGCGGCGCCCACACCCGAUAA